AUGGAUCAGGGGCCAGAGGUGGUGCUACAGAGCACAGGAUCCCACUGCAUGUGGAUGACAAGCAUAAAACAGGGCUUUUUCACAGCAAGUGAGGGGAAAGGACAAUUUGCAUCAGAUUUUGAGUUUGGACAGUCAUAUUUAGAGUUAUCUGCCCCUGCAGAAAGUUCAAAUUGUGCAAAAUUUGCAAUUCUUGUGGAAAUCUUUACAAAUGACAACCACGGAGAGUAUACAACUCAAGAUAGCAAAUACUCCUCCUACUUUCCCCAGAGUAACAACCCUGUGAGGUCCUUACCUGGACGAAUCCUUCAGCAAAGCAGAUCCUCUUCCUCGCGCGGCUUCUUUCCUCCUCCGCCUCCUCGCUCUCUCGGAAUCGGCCACUCUCCUCCUCCACUGCGCAAGGUCACAGGCUCGGCUCUCCUAGGCGAGAGAUACUUCGCGUUUCUUUCCUGCUUCUUCUCCGCCGAGGGAGCCCUCGCUAGUUGCAAGUUCGUCGCGCGCCUCCUACAAGGCGGAGUAGCGGCUCGGCACCGGAGCGGUCGGCUUCGCCCCUGCUCUGCCCCGCAACCUGCAGCCUCGCCCCACCACAACCAGUCCGGGGAAAGAAGAGUUCUUCUCUUCUACUGGUCGGUGAGCCCCGCCUUCCGUCCCGGACUAAGCCCCGCCCCGAAAGCGGCUCUCCGCCAGCAGGUGAAGAAGAGGAAUAUUGUCACUCCGACACUUCUGGUGCCUGUGGGAGUCGUCACCAUCAGCAAGGGAAUUUUCUUUGGGCUAAACUACUGA